CCUACAACAGCAAGUUUUACAACGAGUAACACAAACAGUGCAGAACCAGGAACAAGUCGAACGACACCACGAGCAGAGCUCCAGGAGAUGAGGACACGGAAAGGGGAUGGCAGUUUGCUUCUCUCCGAAAUCGGGAUUUCGCAGAUGCUUCAUGGGUAUGCC